AUGCCCCCCGAUCUCUCUCACGCACCUGUCACCCUACAUUCCGAUGGCGCGAAGCACGAGACCAUUACUUCGUCGCCCCUAAGAUCGCCAGCUCCUUUAAUCUCACGGAACAACACGCGCACUCUGCCUCUACACCGUCGGGCAAACACUGAAUACAUUGCACAACCCCCGCUCUUUGAAGAGGGACUGGAACACACGAUAUCAGACCGCUCGAGAAAUACCCCUUGGAACGACACCUUUCCCAAGAAGAAGCUCGAAGCAAGAGCCAGGGUCCUGUCAGACUGGUUCCAGGGCAAGUCAGAUCCAGUAGAUUUGGGACUUAAAAUGGGCCCCAACGGUGAUUCACAUGGCCCUGGGCUAGAUAGCCGUCCGGCUUCAACAUCCAUGUCACAUACACGAAAGAACUCGGCCCCGGUAACAAGUCGGUUCUCCUUUUUCGGCUUACGGCGACAAGAGAACAAACCUAGUUUCCCGGAACCGGCGGACGACGAGUUCCUCAACCUGGACAUUACCGCGGCCCUAACAUUACCCAACUCGGAUACUACCGACAACGAGGCACUGGAUACCCUAAGAGAUCACGCCGACCAGGUGCUUCGACGAAUGCAAGAGGCCUACAAGCAGCGCACAUUCGCCAUGCACCAGGCACUGGCCGAUAAGAACGAAAAGCAAGAGGAGCUGGAAGAGACUCGCGCUAGAGUCGAUCAUCUAAAGAUCCAGCUCGACGGCAUGGCGGCCAAGGUGCUCGACCAGGAGAAAGCUAUGCAGGCCAUGGCCGACGAGCUGGAGCAAGAGAGGAAUCUACGGAAGAGAGAGGAAUCUCGAAGCCGCAGUCGCACUAUGCGCGCGGUACACGAAGAUGACGACGUCCCCUCCAUGGCUCUCCAGACGCCCCGCCGCGGUGGUAAGCGUGCUAGUCAUAGUACGUUCACCAGCGACUCUGGAUUCGAGUCUGGUGACGAGAGCGUUGCCGAUAGUGUCUUCUCGCAGCGUGAGGGCGUUGAGUCUCCAACCUCCACCCUCACAGCGCCAUCCCCCAAUAUGUCUCAGAUCGCCUUGUCCACGCCGACUGCCCCGACGCCUACCCCCACAAUCCAGAAGAACCUGGUCGCCGUCACUAAUGCACCACCACCUGCUCGUUCCUCGGCAUACGACCGUGUUUUGAAGGGACUUGCUUCAACGCGUUUAGGUAGCUCUUUCGGUGGUAACUCUUCAAAUUGCACCAAUUGCUAUGGUGUACCAGCCUCGGAGGCUUGGAGCGUCAUGGGUGUUUUGAAAGACGAGAACCGGGGUCUUAAGACGCGCCUAGGCGAGCUCGAGGUGGUCAUUGAUGACUGUUUGGGUCUUGUUGGCCCUUGA